CCUUCGAUCAUCACCCAGUACAUUAAAAAUUGUUUAAUGACUUCAUAUGAAUCUUUUUUAUUUCAUUUCUGAGAUUUGGAUCAAAUAACUUUAUGGCUUCCAUAUGAUACUACUAUUAUCGAAUGUUUAUGUAACUUCUGUUUAACGUAGUUUGAUCACGCAUUAUUAUUAACUUUUUUUAUUCCUAUUUAGUUUCAUACUAGAUACUGGGAAUUCAGUUUUAGACCAUAAAGUCGUUUCAUAGAAGAUAUUGGAAAAAGUGUAUUUCUCUCUGAUAUUGGUCAUUCUUGUUUCUCUAAGGUGUAGAUUUUUCGAAGACGAAGUUAUUUGUUGUCAAACAGAAAAUCUUUGUCAUAUAUAUGUAUUAUGGAUUUGUCUAUCAGUGAUUUAAAUGAACCAAGUGGAGAUAUGAUAUUGAUUAAUUCUAAGAAGAAUAUUAUUUCAUCCGCCGACGAUGUUUCCGCUGGAGAUGUUAACUCUGAUUUAUGCACCUAUACUGCUGAAGUGAAGCAUAAUGAGUCGAUCGAAGUACCUUACAGUGCCGAUAAACAAAUCCGCCAGCGAACAACAAAGGUAGCAGAUACUUCUGAAAUGUAUUUAGAUGAGGAUGCUCAUAAACAUAAACUCAUAGAUCAUAACCAGUAUGUUUCUUCGACAGCCGUAUAUCCAGACUGUAGUUAUUAUCGUUUGUACUUUAUACUAGCCUUGAUUCUAAGACUUGUAUUAGUAGUUUUUUCUGUGUGGCAAGAUUCAGUUCGUUGGCCAGAUGGUCAAUUACGAUUCACUGAUGUAGAUUACGAUGUGUUUUCGGAUGCUGCACAAGCUUUUAUCGAUGGAAAAAAUAUUUAUGUUGAACGUCCUACCUAUCGAUAUUCACCACUCAUUGCAAUAUUACUUUCUCCAGGAUAUUGGCUAUUCUCUAAGGGAAAAAAAUUUUUUGAUAUCCCAAUUGAUGAAUCACAAAGGCAUCAAAGCAUACCUGAUGUUUCUGUUAUCGCUCACAUAUGGGGUAAACUAAUCUUCAUAAUGGCUGAUUUACUUUGUGGCUAUUUGCAAUAUAAAAUUAUUCAAGACAAAUUGUUUCAGGAUAAUGCAACAUUGCCGGAUAAAAUCAAUCCUCGCACUGGACAAAAGUCAUUGUCUUCAAAUACAAAUCGUCUAGCCGUGUAUUUUGUUUGUUUCGGUUGGUUAUUCAAUCCUGUGACAGCAGUAGUCUCUGCUCGUGGUAAUGCAGAUGCACUGCAAAGUUGUUUUGUACUAGCGUGUCUAUGGUGUAUUUUAAAGCAUCGGAUCAUUCUAGCUGGAUUACUCUAUGGAUUGUGUAUUCAUCUUAGAAUAUAUCCAGUAAUCUAUUCACCUUCCAUCUAUAUGUGGCUUAUGGAGGAGAAAAAAAGCGACAAUGAUAAUGAAAUGUCGAAAAGUCAGUCAAGAAGUUUAUUUUCAGUCUUUAUGAAAUUGCCAAAUCGAAAUCAUCUAGUAUUCGGAUUCAGUUGUCUACUAAGCUUGAUAAUUUUAACCGGGUUGUGUUAUUUAUAUUUUGGUGGGAUAUUGUUUCUUCAACAAGCCUAUUUCUAUCAUUUUAGUCGUUCAGAUUUUAAGCAUAAUUUUGCUCCACACUUCUUAAGUGUUUACCUACUUUCUGGACAAAAAUGGUUCAACAAUAAACAAAUCAUGCCUGCAUAUGGUUUUAGUCAAUGGUUGAAUAUAAUGUGGAGUAAUUUGCCUACUUCAAUAACCUAUUGGGUUAACAAUAAUGACAAGGAAUACUCCAGUGUGAUGAUGAGGAUGAUAAGAAAUUCACUAAUAGGAAAUAUGAAUACAAUCAACUUAUCGGAGUAUAUUUUUAAUAUCGCUUCACUUGCACCUUGUAUCUUACUGAUACCAUGCUUAUCGUUUAAAUUAUAUUCUAAUAUGGGUUUAUGCUGGUUCGUGCUUACCUAUAUGUUUGUCACAUUUAAUAGAGUAUGCACAUCUCAGUAUUUUUUAUGGAGUUUAUGUCUUCUUCCAGUUGCUUUGAUUGAUAUUCGUUUACCGCCAGGAAUUACACCAUUUUAUGUUGUAGUACAUACUCUCCUGAUUUGGUUCGGAUCACAAGGUUUAUGGCUUGCCUCUGCUUAUACUUUAGAAAUGUGUACAUUGAAGGGUGUAUUUUUAAAUCGUAUUAUUUGGAUUAUUGUUUGGAUGGCUUCUUUAAACUUUUUUGCUUGUAAUAUAUUCAUUCUAUUUCGUUUAAUCAGUUGGCGUAGUCAACCGAUUACAAUGAUUCAUAAAAUUGUAACUUUUCAUAAUUCUGAUAGUAGUACAUCCAAUGUCUCUUCAACAACUGUUCUCGAUAAUACGUCUAUCAGUCAUCAGAAGUAUAUCAUAUCUGAUAAGAAAAAUUGCUAA